AUGGAGGCAAUCAAGCAGACCUUUCAACGGUGCAAGGCCGAGAACCGGAGUGCCUUGGUCACUUAUGUGACCGCCGGCUACCCCAAGCCCGAGGAUACUCCCGAUAUCUGCCUGGCUAUGGAGAAGGGAGGCGCAGAUAUCAUCGAGCUCGGUAUACCCUUCACAGAUCCCAUAGCAGACGGUCCGACUAUCCAGACCUCGAACACCGUCGCUCUUCAAAAUGGUGUCACACUAUCUAGCACACUCCAGAUGGUCCGCGAUGCUCGGAAAAGAGGGCUGAAGACGCCUGUCCUGCUCAUGGGCUACUACAACCCUCUGCGCGCUUACGGCGAGGAGAGGUUGCUGAACGACUGCAAGGACGCUGGCAUCAAUGGCUUCAUCAUCUGCGAUCUGCCGCCCGAGGAGGCCGUCUCCUUCCGCCAGCUCUGCUCCAAGGGAAGCCUUUCCUACAUCCCUCUGAUCGCCCCUGCCACCUCAGACAAGCGCAUGCGUCUGCUUUGCCAGCUCGCCGAUUCCUUCAUCUACGUUGUCUCUCGCCAGGGUGUCACUGGUGCGCUUGGUACGAUGAACGCGGGCCUUCCCAGUCUCCUGGAGCGUGUCAAGAAGUACUCUGGUAAUAAGCCCGCUGCCGUCGGUUUCGGCAUUUCCACGCGCGACCACUUCACCAGCGUCGCCCAGGUUGCCGAUGGCGUUGUUGUGGGCAGCAUGAUUGUCACCACGCUGCAGAAAGCUCCCGAGGACCAACGCUACAAGGCCGUCCAGGAGUACUGCUCGUACUUGUGUGGGCGGACCCCCGAGGAGGGCCUGACGAGGGAGGUAGGCGUCGUCGAGGCCAUCUCUCAGGCCAAGGAACCCGACGCACAGCCCACCGUGAGUGCUGUCAUCUCAGACGAACAUGUCAACGGCGACGAUGCCGGGCUGGUAGCUCAGCUGGCCGCACUGCAUGGCAAGAUACCCGAGCGUUUCGGCGAGUUUGGCGGGCAGUACGUGCCUGAGUCUCUGAUGGAUUGCCUCUCGGAGCUCGAGGACGGGUUCAACAAGAUCAAGGAUGACCCGCUCUUCUGGGAGGAGUUUCGUUCAUACUACCCUUACAUGGGCCGGCCAGGCCAACUGCAUCUUGCUGACCGACUGACCAAGCACGCCGGCGGUGCCAACAUCUGGCUCAAGAGGGAGGACCUCAACCACACCGGCAGCCACAAGAUCAACAAUGCUGUUGGCCAGAUCCUACUCGCGCGGAGGCUAGGCAAAACCAAGAUCAUUGCUGAGACUGGAGCGGGCCAGCACGGUGUCGCAACUGCUACCGUGUGUGCUAAAUUCGGCAUGGAGUGCACAGUGUACAUGGGCGCCGAGGACGUGAGACGACAGGCGCUGAACGUCUUCCGCAUGAAACUUCUUGGCGCUAAAGUGGUUGCUGUCGAGGCAGGCAGCAAGACACUCCGAGACGCCGUCAACGAGGCGAUGCGGGCCUGGGUCGUCCAGCUCGAGGACACACACUACAUCAUCGGCUCAGCGAUCGGCCCACACCCCUUCCCAACGAUAGUGCGGACCUUCCAGUCCGUUAUCGGCAACGAGACAAAGCAGCAGAUGUUGGAGAAGCGAGGCAAGCUGCCAGACGCCGUCGUGGCGUGUGUGGGUGGUGGCAGCAAUGCCACCGGCAUGUUCUUCCCCUUCUCCAACGACCCCUCCGUCAAGCUACUUGGAGUCGAGGCUGGCGGUGACGGUAUCGACACCCUGCGUCACUCGGCGACGCUGGCAGCGGGUACCAAGGGUGUGCUACACGGAGUCAAAACGUACGUGCUACAGAACGAGCACGGGCAGAUCCAGGACACGCACUCGGUGUCUGCUGGCCUCGACUAUCCGGCCGUCGGGCCCGAGCUGGCUUCCUGGAAGGACAGCGAGCGUGCCAAGUUCAUUGCCGCCACGGACGAGCAGGCAUUCAUCGGGUUCAAGCUCAUCAGUCAGCUGGAGGGUAUUAUUCCCGCACUGGAGUCGGCGCAUGGUGUCUACGGUGCCAUCGAGCUGGCGAAGACCAUGAAGCCUGACCAGGAUGUGGUCAUAUGCCUGAGUGGCCGCGGCGACAAGGACGUGCAGAGUGUGGCCGAUGAGCUUCCCGUAAUAGGCCCUAAGAUCGGUUGGGAUUUGCGGUUCUAG